UAUGAAGUUCCUCUCAAAUCUUCAUUUCCCUGCUUAUCUAGGUGUGUUUUUGUCGAACUGUGACGAAACAUCAUCAAUAUGUUUUACCAUCAAAGUUUACUCAGACGGCAAAGUUACAGAUCAUGGCGUUGCUUUGGAAGCAAAAUACUCCGCAGUCUCUUGGUGUUGGUCAGAGACUCAAAUUAGUGAUUUGAACGACAGUCACUUUCUUUUUGCAUGUGGGUUAAAAAACGCCAGCAUAUCAUCAGCAGCAGCGGCAAUUGUGCGGAUCAAUAUAUCAAAUUUUGCAGUAUCUCUUAGUGAACUUCCACCGAUAAAUGCCCUUGUUAAAAUUUCCAAGACCCAAUCAUCGCAAGAAACUAUUACCCAACAGGUGUGUUGGAGGCCUAAAUCUAAUAACGAGUUGGCAGCUAGAGUUUCACUCGGGAAUUUUUCAGGCAUCUUUCUCUGGAAAAAAAUCAAUUUGAACAAUAUUUCGGCUAGUGAAGAACCGAGGCAAAUACUAACAAACGAAGAGGUUCUGCAAAUUGAGUGGCCAUUUGAAUCCACUCUGUACUUCAUUUCGACUGCCUCUUCAAAUACGUCAGUUAUAAAAAGCUUCGAUGCAACGUCGAUGACUACUGGACAACUAGCAGUAGAAAUCAAAACAAGAACUAGCAUGAAGUUUGACCGUUUCAGGAGUCGCUUCUCAAUUAUAGACGACGGAAACCUGCGAGUGUUUCAGAAUAAUCUGCAAGUUCAUUCUAUUAAUCUGUGCCCUGAGAGAGAAGACGCCUCCUCCUCUCAGAUGUUGCACGAGUGGAAUCCAGCAGUGUGUAAUCAAUUGAUUGUGUUCAAAGUCAGACAGAGGCUGUUAAUAUUAGUCGAUUUCUUCUACUCAGAAGCGACUGAAGGCGCAUCCCAUUUCAUUUCACCUUUGAAGAGAAUGUUCAACUUGAACCUGGAUCGAACCGUGUCAACAUUUUGCUGGGCACCAUGGCAGAAAAACGCUGGAUCUCAAUUGAUUUUCGGAAGCAGCAACUCCAAAGAUAUCGUACCUAAAUACGUUCCAGUUCAUUUAAAUUCAUCCGGGUUUGGGGUGAAUUUUUGCUUGUCUUCCAUCAGUGAUAAUUGUAUCUACUCUAUGAAGAACUUUGAGGAUGACAUUGCCUCCAAAAUGCAAAGAAGGGCGCUGAAAAAUUAUGGGCCUGUAGUUGAACGUCUGCCCACGACUGAUGUUACUGAGGAUGAAGAAAUCACUGCGCUGUGGGAGAAACUGGAACACCUGAAGAAAUGCCAGAGAAGCCUGCUGAAGAGCAACGAGAAGCUGUCGUUGAAGAGUGUUGUUGGAAUUCCAGGAAUUGUGGAUAUGAUAAAUAACACGUCAAUGCACACGCCAGUCGACAACUCAGAAACGAAGUUGAAGUUUUUUGACCGAGAGUUAGAUAACAUAGUUUAUGAUACGAUUAUUAGGAAGCAUUGCUUGAGCUACUGUAACUGGGAAUUCAAAGUGAUGAAUACUGCUCAGCUAGAGAAUCUGGAAAACUAUGUAAACAAAGUUCACGGUGGCAAUAAUGAAGUAGGAGCUGCACUGGCUUGGGUCCAUUCUCGUGCGCAGUUGUGUCUCACAUAUUUGGACAAAAUACCAAAUGCCGCCUUUUCUCUGGCUCUUUCCGGUCUUUCAAACAACACAAAUUCAAGCCUCUGGUUUGAGAAAUGUCGUUUGCUGUCUAUCGAAAACCCCUACCUACGAGCUCUUUUCGGGUUCCUAGCCAAACCGGAAGCCCCAAAAGACGUUUUGCGUGGUGAUUUGACUACGUUUCCGUCUUAUGGAGGUAGUAAUGUGAAACACAAGAAGAGAGGGCUUCCUGCAAUGCGACUGGAAGACCACGUGGCGUUUGCGCUUAAACUUCUGCCAGACAGGGAACUGCCGGGGUAUUUGAAUGAACUGACAAAGCUGUACACUGAGUAUGGAGACUUGGACGGUCUGUUUCUGACAGGAGUGACGCCCAGGUGUCUGGACCUGUUGCAGAGUUAUCUCGACAGAAGUGGGGACAUUCAGACUGUGGCUCUCAUUCUGGUCUUCGCCAAUUCCUACUCGCACCACUUCAUGUCUCAGUCGAUUCAGUGGGACGCCAGCUGUUUGCGACUCAUUAAUGAAUGGAUCGAAGAGUAUCGGUCUCUGCUCGACAGCUGGGCCUGCUAUGGAACCAGAGUGAAAUUUGAUAAAGCUGCCAGAUGUUUUGAUGCGGACGCACAGCCCUCCCAAAUUCUUGCAGCAUGUGUUUUUUGCAGUGUGCCUUUCAACGGAGCGGACAAGAAAGACAACAUGCGCAAAUCAAAUCAUGUACAAAAUUUUGGCUCAGAGCCUAAAAUAAGCCACUGCUGCAGUAACUGCGGUAACUUCUUACCCAGAUGUGCAGUUUGUCUUCAGAUAGUGGGGACGUCGUCUGCUCACAAUACGUUGACUGGCGCUCGACCUAAAGCAAAAUUAAGUUCGAGUAAGAUUGUACCAAUAGCGGCGAAUAGCGUAGAUGACAAUUUUUUGACGAAUAAAACACCUACCUCUAGCGUAUCUAGUUCGGCAGCUGCAGUGAUGAGUGCGACUAAAGUAAACAGUUUUCAUAACUGGUUUGUGUGGUGCAACUCGUGUUCACAUGGAGGACAUGCAAGCCACAUAUCAGCCUGGUUCUCCUCGCACGCUACUUGUCCAGUUGAAAAAUGCAAAUGUCGGUGCUCUAGUUACGACUAGAGUUUUUUGAGUUUGUGGAGAUCUGUCAAAACAGUCAUCAACAAUAUCAGAUUUAAAACUUUUCUUUAAUCAUCUAUAUUACCAGGACAAGCUGUUAAUUUUUAGAAGUACUAAAUUGUGCGUGUAGGUUGACGGAAUCCGGAAACAAGCAUUUGAACAUGUAAAAAGCGGAUGAAUUCACAGGCCACAAUGAUUGCGGAUUCCAAAGCUGUUUGUUCGUAACGUAAAUUUUCCGCAAAUAGUGUAAACAUAUUCAGCUAGCCGAAAUUUGUUUGGUUUCCGCAAUUUGUGCGUGAAAAAUUAAGAGCUAGCUAGAACCGGCUCGGGUGUUAACAUUUGAAAGCUAGCAAGAAAACGCUCAUGUGAAAUUUGAGACUAAUUGACCUUUCUCGAAAACUACCCUCCUGAGUUUUUAGGUUCAAUGGAAAUAACAGGUUUUGUAAAUGUCUUCUCAAUCAGAGGAUAUGCCUUAAAAUUCUACACAAAAUGCUAUUUUUGAUUUUUUGAGUUUCCUGUCAAAAUUGACAUGAAGAGUCUAAACGAAAGAAUCGGUCGCGAGAAUGUUUCCUGACACCUUAUUCAUCUCGCAGACUGCCAUCAAAUACGCUGAACUUUUCGCUGAACAUAAUACGCUGAACUUUUCCAUUUAUGCUCAUCUUCCCAAAACAAAUUUUUCGCCACAGAGCUUCCCUACAUGCCAACAUGCAUGUAACA